AUGAUAACAGACGCUCAACUGUACAGCCUCGCCAUCUUCCUCGGUAGCGCGGCGAUGCUGCUGAUUGUACUCUACCAUUUCCUCGAGGUCAAUGCACAGGACGACGAGAAGUUGGACGGGGAGCUGAGGAAUGAGAAGGCGGGCGUAGGGGCUGUCAAGCCCGCGGGUCUGGGCGAGGAGACUCGGUGA